AUUCCACACAUACCACAAAAGCUAGCUUGAUCACUCACACUAACUACCUCUUCCACCGACUAUCUCUCAAUUCCUCUUUCUCUUUCUCUCUCUUCAAAAACACAUUUGAAAGGUAAAAACAAUUACAUAUUACUAAUAAUAAUAAUCAAUAUUAUUAUUAGGAGAAUAAUUAGGCAAUUAAUCAUCCUAUAUUAUGUAUAACAACAACAUGAACAACAAGAACAUGAUUGAAGUUCAAAGACAAGAAUCCUUAAAAAGAAGAUGGCAUGAUAGUUUCUACACAAGACUUUUAACUUCCCCUCAUCAACACUUUCCUAACCCUACUACCCCUUCAUCAUCAUCAUCAUCCUCAUUAAUCAUAAGAAAGCCUCCUCAUCAUCAGUUCCUACAACCUGGGAGAUUGGACGGUGGAGAUCUAUUCCUUAAUGUAGUUCCCUCGAUCACGGUGGUGCUGGAGGGCCGUUCGAUCUGUCACCGGAUUAACCUUCAACAUCAUGCUAAUUAUCAAAGCUUAGCUAUGGCUCUUAGACAGAUGUUUAUGGAAAUGGUGAAUAUUCAACAAAAUGAUAAUGAUGAUCAUGAAAAUAAUAAUAAAAAUAAUGAUAAUAAAGUAAUUGAUUUAUCAAAUGCUAUUCCUGGGUAUAUUGUUGCUUAUGAAGAUUUGGAGAAUGAUCUUCUUCUUGCUGGUGAUCUUCAAUGGAAGGAUUUCGUACGAGUAGCAAAAAGAAUAAGAAUACUGCCGGUGAAGUCCAGUUCAAGGAAGCAAACCAUCACAAAACACUAGUCAAACUAUUUCCCCAAUUUUCAGGGCAUCCAACUGCACAAAAGUGCAAACUUGUCAUCUCAUCUAUGCAAAUUGUUACUAUUCAUCUUAUUGUAUAAUAGUGUCUUGAGAACAUAGUCUUAUUUCAGUUAGAACAUGUAUUAUUUUUCUAAGAUAAGAUUCUGAUUUCGAUUCUAAUGUCUUUCAUUCACUCGGCCUACCUUGUAUUAAAAAAAAUGUUCUUAUUUGCAAAUGCUAG